GAGGGGAGCCCGGCGGGGACCAGCCAUGGGGUGUCGUGAGGCGAGGGGGCUGCUCUGGAGACUCGGCCUCUUCCUCCCCCUGCUGACUGCGCGCCCCGCCGACGGCGGCCACGGAGCCGCCAACCAAGUUGUGUUGCUUGAUACUACAGCUGCCCUCGGAGAACUAGGAUGGAAAACAUUUCCUUUAAAUGGGUGGGAUGCCAUAACUGAAAUGGAUGAACACAAUCGUCCCAUUCAUACAUACCAGGUAUGUAAUGUGAUGGAACCAAACCAAAACAACUGGCUGCGAACAAACUGGAUCUCCCGUGAUGCUGCACAAAAAAUUUAUGUGGAAAUGAAGUUUACCCUGAGGGACUGCAACAGUAUUCCGUGGGUACUGGGAACCUGCAAGGAAACUUUUAAUCUCUACUACAUGGAAUCAGAUGAAUCUCAUGGAUUAAAAUUCAAGCCAAACCAGUACACUAAAAUUGAUACUAUUGCAGCUGAUGAGAGCUUUACCCAGAUGGACUUGGGUGACCGCAUUCUUAAACUCAACACAGAAGUUCGUGAGGUUGGGCCAAUAAACAAGAAAGGAUUUUAUCUUGCUUUUCAAGACAUUGGAGCGUGCAUUGCUUUGGUCUCAGUCCGUGUUUAUUACAAAAAGUGCCCUUUCACGGUCCGUAACUUGGCCAUGUUUCCUGAUACUAUUCCAAGGGUUGAUUCUUCCUCUUUGGUGGAAGUGCGGGGCUCCUGUGUGAAGAGCGCUGAGGAACGUGAUACUCCAAAAUUGUAUUGUGGAGCAGACGGGGAUUGGCUUGUGCCUCUUGGACGGUGUAUCUGCAGUGUAGGAUAUGAAGAACUUGAUGGUUCCUGCCAUGCUUGCAGGCCUGGAUUCUAUAAAGCAUUUGCUGGAAAUGUAAAGUGUUCCAAGUGCCCUCCACAUAGUUUGACCUAUGUUGAAGCAACCUCUGUGUGUCAGUGUGAGAAAGGUUACUUCAGAGCUGAGAAAGACCCACCAACUAUGGCAUGUACCCGGCCACCUUCUGCUCCCAGGAACGUGAUUUUUAACAUUAAUGAAACAGCUCUCAUGUUGGAAUGGAGCCCCCCAAGUGAUACGGGAGGAAGAAAAGACCUCACUUACAGUGUCAUCUGUAAGAAAUGCGGGUCGGAUGCCAGCCAGUGUGAGAUAUGUGGGGGAGGCAUCCGCUUCAUCCCCAGGCACACAGGUCUCAUCAACUCCUCCGUGACGGUGCUGGACUUUGUGUCACAUGUCAACUACACCUUCGAAAUUGAGGCCACAAACGGCGUCUCGGAGCUGAGUUUCUCCCCCAAGCAGUUCACAGCUAUCACAGUUACCACAGACCAAGAUGCACCCUCCUUGAUAGGUAUGGUAAGGAAGGACUGGGCUUCCCAAAACAGCAUUGCCCUCUCCUGGCAAGAGCCGGACUUUCCCCAUGGAGCCAUUCUGGACUACGAGAUCAAGUACUAUGAGAAAGUCUACCCACGGAUAGCGCCGGCAUUUUGGCACUACCUGCGGGUAGAAGAGCAUGAGCAGCUCAGCUAUUCCUCCACAAGGUCCAAGGCUCCAAGUGUUAUCAUCACAGGUCUCAAGCCAGCCACCAAGUAUAUAUUUCAUAUCAGAGUCAGGACGGCAGCAGGAUACAGCGGCUAUAGCCAGAAGUUUGAAUUUGAAACUGGAGAUGAAACUUCUGAUAUGGCUGCGGAGCAGGGACAGAUUCUUGUGAUUGCUACUGCUGCUGUUGGUGGAUUCACUCUCCUGGUCAUCCUCACUUUGUUCUUCCUGAUCACUGGAAGAUGCCAGUGGUACAUAAAGGCCAAAAUGAAAUCUGAAGAAAAAAGAAGGGCUCACUUGCAAAAUGGACAUUUACGUUUCCCAGGAAUCAAAACAUACAUUGAUCCAGACACAUAUGAAGACCCAUCUCUUGCUGUCCAUGAAUUCGCAAAGGAGAUUGAUCCCUCAAGAAUUCGCAUUGAGAGAGUCAUUGGGGCAGGUGAAUUUGGAGAAGUAUGCAGUGGACGGCUGAAGACACCAGGAAAAAGAGAGAUACCUGUUGCAAUUAAAACUCUGAAAGGUGGCUAUAUGGACAGACAGAGAAGAGAUUUCCUGAGAGAAGCUAGUAUAAUGGGACAAUUUGAUCACCCAAAUAUAAUUCGCCUUGAAGGAGUUGUUACAAAAAGAUCCUUUCCGACCAUUGGGGUGAAGUCUCUUUCGAGAUUCCUGAGGGCGGGAUUUUUAAAUAGCAUCCUGACCUCACAUCCAGUGUCAGGGGGCGGAUCUUUACCCCCCAGCAUUUCCUCUGGCAGACCGGUAAUGAUUGUAGUUGAAUACAUGGAGAAUGGAUCCCUUGACUCCUUUCUGCGGAAGCAUGAUGGCCACUUCACAGUCAUCCAGCUGGUUGGCAUGCUGCGGGGAAUUGCAUCAGGCAUGAAGUACCUCUCGGACAUGGGCUACGUACACCGUGAUCUGGCAGCCCGUAAUAUCUUGGUCAACAGUAACCUCAUGUGUAAAGUCUCUGAUUUUGGUCUCUCACGAGUGUUAGAGGAUGAUCCUGAAGCUGCUUAUACAACAAGUGGUGGAAAAAUCCCUAUACGGUGGACUGCUCCUGAAGCUAUAGCUUACCGUAAGUUCUCUUCAGCAAGCGAUGCAUGGAGCUACGGGAUUGUAAUGUGGGAAGUGAUGUCCUACGGUGAGAGGCCAUACUGGGAGAUGUCCAACCAGGAUGUUAUCCUGUCCAUUGAAGAAGGUUACAGGCUUCCAGCUCCCAUGGGCUGCCCAGCUUCUCUUCACCAACUAAUGCUUCACUGCUGGCAAAAGGAGAGGAACCACCGUCCAAAAUUUAGUGAUAUCGUCAGCUUCCUAGACAAACUGAUUCGCAAUCCAAGCACCCUUCAUACCCUAGUGGAGGAUGUACUUGUAAUGCCAGAUUCACCUGGUGAAGUUCCAGAAUAUCCUUUGUUUGUUUCAGUUAGCGAUUGGCUGGACUCCAUAAAAAUGGGUCAGUAUAAAAAUAACUUCAUGGCAGCAGGUUUCACAACUUUGGAUAUGGUUUCAAGAAUGAGCAUUGAUGACAUUAGAAGAAUUGGAGUUGUACUCAUUGGACACCAGAGACGAAUAGUCAGCAGUUUACAGACUUUGCGGUUACACAUGAUGCACAUACAGGAGAAAGGAUUUCAUGUAUGAAAGUACUGGAAUCAACUGUGUUUUGUGCCUCAGCAUUUCUAAAAUGGAAAAUAUUCUCAUUCUUCCCUUCUGCUCUUCCCAACUUCAAGAACUGCAGUCUCCUGGUUAGACUCUAAAAGUACUUCUAUGUUAAUGCUUCCAAACUGGAAUUUUUAAUCACACUGCAUAGUUCCUCCGUCAGUUAUCUGCCAAUAAAAUCCUGGCCUACUGCAAGACUCUUGCUACACAUUGAUGAAUAACUCAGCAUGGAUGUGUAACUUUGUAUAACAGUAUUUGGGAAACUUUCAUGAACUCACUUGAAAGUAGUAAUCUAUUUGGCCUGGUGUGGCUUCUUUAUCGAUGUAUUUAGAGUUUGCUGGUAGAUCAAAACGUAUUUGACUUCUUUCAUGUUCUGUGACCAUGUAACUUCCAAUACCAAAUGUGCAAUCAAGAAGUUUCACAUAAAUAUUUAUUUAUCUCUUAUUUUAUCUCUUAAUUAAAUCCAAAUGUAUGGGUCUUAUCGUUAUAUUACUUUAUAAUAGUUUAAAUGCUGGUAAGCCGGUGCCUCAAAACGCUAGUAUUGUUUGCAGAAAUGACUGAUGAUUUUAUAUAGCGAGUUUUCAUUGUGUAGAUAAUUGGGAGGAUUGUGAGAGAAAUCUGCCUGAAAUCUUCAGGUCCUUGAUUCUGAAUUACUUUAGCACUCGACACUUUUUAUGCUUUAAAUUUUAGAUUAGGUUGGAAAAUUUAUUCAUCUUUUGUAUUCUUCACCACCCUAAACCUUUUUUAAUACUCAGCAUUUGCUUCUACUCUGUGGCAAAUUGUCACCAGAAAACUGAUUGUAAUAUUUCCAUAACCACGUGUAAAGCAUGUUUUUCAGCUAUGUUGUGGCCACAUAGACUUCAGAAAGUUUUCUGUUCCAAAAAUGCAGGCCUCCACAACUUGAACUCAACAUGGCAGUAGACCUUAGAGGGUCAGCCAUCAGUGGGGCGAUAUGCCUUAUCCCAUAGGAGCAGAUCAGCUGUAGCAUCAUCCAAUAGAGGGCAGUGGUACAGCCACAGGCUAAUGCUGGAAGUUACACUUUGUGGUAUUUGAUUAUAUUGUACGUAGGCAGAAAAGGAGACAUAGGACAGCAGUGUAAUAAUAUGUUGCCUUGAGUCUACUUCUAACUGCUUUUAGAAGUGAAAAGCGGACUCUGCUGAAAUGGAGUUCUGGUUACCAUGGGCCAGAUCUUCAUUUAGUACAAAUACCUAAAUGACAUCGAAGAUAAUUACCUUUAGAACUCUUCAAUAGCCAUAUUUACAUGCAAGAAAAUGGCUGCAAAGGCCUAACAUAAUAUUUGUACCUCUCUAAGACUUACAGAUUUCAUGUUUUAAUCAGACAAUUAACACACUCGUGCUGGGCUACGUUUCCAAAAUUUUGCAUGGGAUACGUGCUAGUAAGAGCCUGGGACAUGAGCACAUGUCUGCAAGCUGGAGAAGUCACACACAGAUCUACAUGCAUGUCACAUGUAAAUGGAGUGCAGAUGCUUUUGUUAAUUUAUACAUGGUUUGGAGGACAUUCUUAAGUUAUGUGGCAUUUCAAUAUACUUAAGCAUUACAAAUUUUCAGUUAAAUUGUGCAUUUGAGUUAUUAGUAAUAAUAUAUAUGUAAAUCAAAAUGAACUAACUACUUUAUGCAAUCAUAAUAAUAUUUACUGCUUAAUUUACAGAUUGUAAAUCAAAUUGUAUUUCCUGACUCUUGAAAAGGCUGCUGAUAUAUACCAGUAGCAAGAAGGAAAAGCAGAAAGCAACUCAAAAGAUUAUGCUUCCAACUGGUUCACGGAGUAGGACGUGCUAGGCCUGAUUCACUGUUGUUACUUUGUUUUGGAAUAACUUCCUUAAUUUACAUGGGAUAACAAUAGUGAACUGAGUAAAUUUUCCUUUCUUCCAUUAAAAUAAAAUAAAAUAAAUAGAUUCAACUGAGGAACAAGUUUUCUAAAGAUAAGGAUUCACCAGUGUUCUACAAUGCCAACUUGGUAAACAUGUUUUAGAGAAGGGCACUACCAGUCUUAUACUGGCCACAAAGGUAAUUUUAUCAGCAUGAGUAGUCCCACUUAGGACUGUCUAGCAUGUGUGUUUUGCAGGAUCACAGGCCUUUAGUGGAGAAAAAAAAAAUUGUUCUUAUCUGUGACUGUCACUUGAAAAAUUCUGCCCCAAUUCUACAUUUGAAUUUUUGUGUUGUUGUUAUGAAGGGUUCCCUUAAAGAAAAUCAUACUUACCUGAAACCUUUUAAAAAAACAGUAACAUUACAGAGUAAUCUAAAACUCGCUUUUCCUUUCAUAUUCUUUUUUUCCUUUCUUAUUGUUUUCCAUUUUACUUGUCAUUGCUUUCAUGGCCAACAACGUGACAUCUAUGGAAGGAGCCUCUCUCACAUGUAAACGUAUUACUGAGGAGGUAUGAUUCUGUUAUUUGUCAAUGGGGUUUCAAAAUUACUCAUAACUAAUGCAGACCAUAUGCAUGCACUUUUAAAUUCUCCUUUGCACAUUUAUUCAUUCCUGGUUGUGUGUAUGCAAAGCAGUAUGCUGCAUGCACGCAACCUGGAUAUAUUUCAUGGAAAUUAAUUUCCAAACUUAUCACACUACUGAAAAUAUAUUUUCAAUAGAAAAAAAAAUAUAAUAACAAUAUAAAAGCAUUUAUUAAUCAGAUAUAUUUUUUAUAUAAACAAGAGUUUGGGUAACCAGAAAGGAAAGAAGGGAUUCUUUUGGUGAGGAGACUUAUUACAAACAUUGUACAUCCAGGAUUUUGUGGGUUCAUAUGGCUUUUGUUUCUGUUGUUGUGGAGGUGCAAUAUGACAUUUUUAUAGUAGUUACUUUGAUCAGAUUUACAUUUGCUCCAUUUUGGAAAUAUUUUAUUCGCUCUUUUUAUGCUUUCAAGCCUACUCUUCCGUGUUAUUCAGCACAAAGAGAAGUGCUACUAUUAUGUCUAAGUGUCUUUUUGUUCAUUUAAAAACAAAGGCAAACGAAAAAAUCCAAGAAAAAAAAAACAGGUGGUGUUUCUCAAAUGCGAGCCCAAUCCUGUGUAAGCCACAAAUGUAUAUGUGAAAUUCAAGUUACUUUUUUUUUUUUUUUUGAAGGGGAUACUUUCUUCAGGUGAAUAUUACUCUAUUUAGUUAUCCUGCAUAUUGCAGUGUGCAGUUACAGUUUAAACUUAACAAAUUCAAGCAAGUCUAGUAUGCUGGUUUUGAAAAUCUGGCCAACGUUGCAUAGUGCUUCAUGAGUAAAAGUACUUGUUGAAGUUUCACAAAAUAAAAUGUGCAUGAUGUGCAAGCCCAAAAAAAUUUAAAAAGGGAAUGGGGGGGGUGCCAAAUGUGGACAUAAGGAAAUAGUUCCAAGUUAGUUAUUUCUAAUUAUAAAAUAAUAUCCAUGUGUAGGUUUUUCUCACAGAUCUGAUAUUUAUCAAGAACAAACUCCAUCUAUUUGUACUGUUACCACUACCUGUGUACCACUUAAGCCUACAAAAGAUAGCUUAAGUGAGGGCCUUGACUGCUGAACAGGAGAACUGGAUUAGCGUCUCUUGGUCAAUGAGGGCACGGCCCCAGCUGUCCAUCACAUGCCAGCCACAGUGCUUCCAAAUUUGACUGACAAGAAACUUGAAUGUUCAUGUAGCCUAGAGGGGCAGUCAUCUAACAUGGAAACCAUGUCAGUCAUCCUUACUCAGGCCAUCUUCAUGUGUCAGUCAGAGCCCUGGGACCUGUUGAGGGGAAUUGUUACCACCUAAUUUUGGAGGUCUGCAUUUGAGCUACUCAUCUGAGGUUCCAUUUUAAUGAAGAGAGAUGGGCCUUGUAGUAUUCACAUACUGAAAAUGUCAUCUGGCAAACGUAGUUAUUUACUUUGGGGUGAGGUGAAUUGUGCCAGAGAAGCACCUGAGACCAGAAUGACUAGCUCAUAUACAGGCAUCUGUGUUUAGUCAGAUGAAUCUCAUGUAUUGACUGUAUUUAGUCCUUGUGCUGAACCUUUGAAAAAGAGAGGACCUCAUCUGUAAUGCUGGUGUUAAAAUUAAACAAAUAACAGCAGAUUUAGUAGACUUUGCCCAUGAGCUGUUUGCAUACUCUUUGGAAUUACUGAGAAGCAAUGGGACUCUAUGAGAGAGAACUGAGCCAUGUAAUUUAAAUUUUUCUUAAACCUAAGUAACCUUUUUGUUUCCCAUGAAUAUAAAUUCAGUACCUGUCUAAUAAAAGCUUAGGUGCAUGCUGUGGUUUAAUACAUCAGGAUCAGGCAAUCCUGUACCUGCAAACAGGUACGGUAAACAAUGAAUUCAAAUAACUUAAUUGCUCUUGACAAAGCAUUCUGCAUCUGAAGUUGUAUUAAGUAUUAGCUAGUUUAUUCUGAUAUGGGACUCAUAGACAAUAGUACUUUGUUUUUUGUAAUUUAAGACUGACUAUCCAUUUUCCAUUUUUAUCGAUAUGAUAAACCUAAGCAUGGGCUCGAUUAAAUUCAUUUUCAAUGCAGAUUGAUGCAUGGCCCAACUGUGUGUCAUAAGUAAUGUACAGAUGCCCUUUAUUCAGAUGCAGCAGAUUUACUAUGUGGAACAGCUGGGACUGUGGAGGUGCCUAAUAAGAGUGUAUUUACCACAGCAAUUUUGAUGUUAGAACAACCCCAUGGGACUGUGUCAAACACCAAGGUAAAGCAGCAUAGAAUGUACUUUAACUUGUAGUGAAGGCCAGUCACUGAAUUUGAGCUGGCCCCACUGCAAAUUUAAGCCUGUAUUUAGGUAUUGCAACUCAGCGGAUGAAGUGAUUCUGCAGGGAACAUCCAGGCAGCCGAGAAUUUCUCUUUAUGAACACGGGAUACCUGUAACUACUCCUUCAUGGGCUGUCUGUCUCAGCAUAUGUUCUGCAUGUAAGGGGAAGGAGGGCUCACUUCUAAUUCAGUCCAACACAUCUCUUAGAGUAACAAAAGCCAGAAUAACCGUAAAAAGGCUUUAGUCUAUUGCACCUUCUAGGAAAAGUAUUAAAAUAGAGAUACUUCAUUUAUCAUAGCAUUUGCCCAUGGUUGAAGAGCACUGUGUUCUGUUAAACUGUUUUCUUCAAGAAUACCCUUGCUCACCAACUGUAAUUGAUCUUUCCUGAAUAAAUGGCAAAGAUAAUCUAUUUUUCUUCCUUUGUUAACAGUACUAUUGUAAUAUUUUGAGAGUAAGAGAAAGAUCUGUUAGGCUGAGCUAACACAGUAUGACAGUGAUCUUGAAAUCUCCUGGAGAGACAAAUGAAUCCGCACUGAAAAGGAAAAAAGGAAAAAGCCUAGAACAUGGCGAAAAAGAACUGUCCAUAUUGUGCCAAGGAACUCUAAAAAAAAAAAAAAAAAAAAACUUGCACAAGACAGUUCCAUGUAUUCAGAGUUCACAAAUAUCUUCUGCCAUCAUAUACCAUAUUUAGUAGCACACGCUGCUCAUCCAUGAGUGCUAUGGUUGUAUAUAGAUUCUCAGAUUAUGGACUAGGGUAUGUUGAGCACGUAAUGGAUAUAAAAAAUGUGUGGAUAUGUACAUAAAGAAUUGUAAAUAUGUAUAUCAUAAUGUCUGAGAUUUUUCAAGCAUAUACAACUUAAUUACAUAGCUCCCAAUAAUGAUAAUGGAGUUGACCUGCUCCAUUGGCUUUUAAAAUUUUAAGCAGCGUGCACUCUAUUUGCCUAGUACCUCCCAAACUUCCUUGGCUUGUUUUCUGGAAAUGGACAGCCUCUCUUUUCCUCCAUAGGAAUAAAGAAAAAAAAAAUCUUUUCUCAAACUAGUUUACAGAAAACUGUCUGGUCACCUGAUGCUGACCCUUCUGCCACUACCACACUGAAUCUUUUUCUACUGAUUCUUUUUCCAUGCAACUAAUUACUGCAGAAAUUAUCAACAGUCAUAAAGGGGAAAAGAGGUGUCCAUCAGCUGACAUCCUUAGUAAGAUGUUGUCCAUGCUAUAAAAAAGUUGAGUCCCUCUGCUGAAGUCACCAAAGAGUUUAAACAGUAUUUAAGUGAUUUUCUUUUAAGUAGCCAUUUUUAGACUCUACUGAGGUUAAAAUGAAGGAAAUCUUAAAAGGAAUAUGAGUAAUAAUAUGCCAAUGUAUACUAUAAAAAGAUGUGUUGAACUUUAGAAAGGAACAGAAAAUUCUUAAUGAAAGAACAUGAGGCUAAAAACUGAGUAGAUUAAAAAAAAAUUCCACCUUUUAUAUGUGAAAUAACACCAGUUCACAUUCACAUAGUGAAAUCUAUUUGUAUGUUUCUUUGAAUAUUCCAUAUCAGUAUCUCUUACCUUUCUUUGCUGCAGUAAUUUCCCACGUACAUCUCUCUUCCAGAAAGUUUUAGCAUAUUAUCUGAUUUUUCAUAUCUUUGCAAUUAAACUGAAAUAAAAAAUGCAAAUUUAUGACAUUGAAGAUAUGGAAAAUACAUUAAUGAGUUCAGUCUCAAAAUCAUUUCAAGCUUUCACAGUUGUUCUGCUUUGUCCAUGUCUAAAUUUUUUACCAAUGUCUAAGCGUCUUAGUACUUGAGUAGUUAGUAACUAUAUGUGUGUCCCAGAAAUAAUGUAUGUACCGUGCCAUAUUCAGAAACUCAUGAAUCUGUAAACAUUUCAGUGCUUGUGCAGCUUAAUUCAUAUAGGAAGGCUGAUUAGGAAUUGGACUAUUUACAUGAAGAGUUAGGCACAAAGUGCUUGCAAAUCCAAACCCCUAUAAAAUAUUUGUAAGGCAGCAUGAAAUAACGUGAUUUUGUCCUUUAACUUCAGGAACACAUACGGUUUCCUUGGGAGUCCAGCAUAUUUGUUGAUAUUAUCAGAGGACCUACUGCUUCAUACAAGUUUUGGGGAAUGUUCAUCUCUAACAUGCAUAUCAGCAAGUUGAUUACAAAUUUGUUAAUAAAAUAUUUUAUACCGAUAUUUCUCAUUAUUGACAAUUCAGUGAAGAACUGCUAAGCAGCAUGUAUAUUGAGCAGUAGAUAAGCCAAAACCCUGUGACUGAUAACUCACAAAUCACAAAGAAAUCUAGCUGUCUGUAUUAUGAACUGUGUGCUGCCUGGGGCCUCAGUUUUAGAAAGUUGUUUAGAAAGUAACCUCGAAUCUAGGACCUGGAUAAUCAAAUUGGGGGGAAAUCUGCAUUGUAAUGUAACUAUUUACUUCUGGUUGUAAAUUAUGAAAAAGUGCCCACUGAGUCUGUAUAGGGAGCAUUUUCAUAGUAUCAUCACAGCAUAACGUUCUGAUGGUUCUCUACAGCAGUGAUUAGAAAAAAUCUCUUUGCUGGUUUUCCAGGGUCCAGCUUAUGAAAAUAAAUAAUAAAUAAAUAAAUAAAUAAGGUACAAUUGUCAUAAUUUAAAUUAGAACUUCCAGUAAACAACAAUUUUCUUUUCUACACACAUAACUGAAGAACUAAUUUUUCUUCAGAGGACUGAUAUCUAAUUAAUAAUUGCUUACACACCAAAUUUUCAGUUUUCUCUUUUGUAGACUGAACUCCACUUGACAAUGACUGAGGCAAAAAGGAAAAGCUAAACAAGUGUUUUUAGCAAUCUGAAUGCUUUGAUUUGUAUUACUUACUAUUUCUUUAUGUACAAUAGGAUUAGCUGGAAAAAAAAAAAAAAAA